AUGGCUGAGAAGAGCCCGUCGUUCCCGGACACUGUUGUGUGGAAUAUUGGCAGCGACUCGUUAGGCGAUAUGCCGGCGGGGGACUUCAAGAGAUACAUUUGCGUCGAGUCUGCAGCCGCAGUAGAGCCGGUGAAGGUAGCCCCCUGGUGA